CUAUAGGGCCCAAACUCUUAAAGCAAUUAGUUAUUUCUGAGUCGAAUAAAGACAUACCAGGCAACUAUCAGAAUACCGAUAUAACCUGGAAGGUUCCCAAAGGGACAAUAGAAAUAAACCGAUAG